CCAUAAGGCGGUCCAGUUCUACUGCCUCGCAAAUCCCAGUAUCAGGAUGGCCGCCUCCUCAGACUCCAUGGACGACGACAGCUUCAGAGCUCGCGUUGGCAGAAUAUUCGGAUCCCUCUCUGGCGGAUCGAACUCUUCCGUGCAACCUUCUUCAGCCGAUCGAUCAUCUCCUUGGUCUCUCACCGGAGAAGAGGUGGAGAGGAAAGAGUGGAGGCGGGACUCGGGCUCUUCUGACCGGGAUGAGACGCCGUGUUCCGCUUCGUUCGAUGAUUUCUUGAAGAAGGAUCGCAAAAGUUCUCGAAGGAACGCAAAGUUAGGCGGAGGGCUUGGAGGGGAUCUUGAUGAUGUCGAUGAAGAUGGUGAUGAACAGCCGAAGGAUAGUGAUGAAUGGGAUAUCCGAUCGUCGAUAGGAUUGGACCGCACUCUCGACAAUGAAGAAGAAGAAGAUGAAUAUGACAAAGUGGCUUGUGGCAGAGAAAAUGCUGAUGAUCGGCUUUAUAUGAAGGAUGUUACCAAUCAUGGGUCGCAUUUGAAUGCGGAGAAUGUCCUUUUCAACUCAUUAAGCAGUACUACGAAAGAUCCACGUGCCAAUCACCUUGCUGCUAGGAACAGGCUAAUGGAAGAUGAUGCUGAAGCCCAGGUAUUGAAUUCUCCUCGUAAUCCCGGUACAGAAUUUAAGGACCCUCAGGUUAGAUUGUCUGGAGAUGGUGUCCUACUCAGAUCUAUCUUAAAGAGGAAGGACACUAAUUCAAUUCCCAAAUCACCAAAACGUGUCAAGUUUGAUCCUGGUUGUAUGUUUAGUAGUGAAGAGUUAUCAGAAGGCCAUCAAGAUGUUUUGAUAAGAAAUUCUUCAAUAAGUGCUAUUGUUUCUAAUGAUGGAUCUAUGUUGGCCCGAAAUGCAUCAAGGGUUCAAGAUUGUACCCAGAACCCUUACACACACUAUACCUUGAAUUCAAUGAAGGAGGUUGAUGAAGAAUCCAACACCAGAGCUCGUAUGGACUCUUUGGAGUUGGUCAGAAGUUCAAAGCCCUCAGACUUGGGAUCAAACUCCCAGGAUGUUUCUCUGGAUCUUCCAAAAUUUAUCACUUUUAUUCCUAAGAAAAAGGCAGUGGCUUGUGAAUCAGCAGAUAGUUGCAGUGAGGUUGAGCAAGAUAAGAAAGUUGAUAUCAUCAAGUCCUCCCAGCAAGCAGAAUGCCCCAUUGGCAUUGCAGUGAUAGAAUCCCAUCAAUUCAAAGUUGCUGCAGUGGAGGAAGCUGAGCAAGAAGUAAGUGCAACAGAUGAAAGUUCUAGUAUCCAAAAACCAAAUCGCAAGUACAGAACAAAGUCGAGUUCAGACGACUCUGAAUGUUGAGUGAUUGAGAUCAAAGGGAAGAAGUUCUUAUCAUUGUAGUAUUUCUCUACUAUGAUGUCCUGGGAUUUUUUUUGAAGUCCUCCAUAACUGCAUUCCAUUCUGGCUCUUUUUUUAUGGGUGUUUUUUCCCCUCUUCUUAGUGUCUUGGGUUUGAGAGGAUUUAGUUGAUUUGAGUUUCUCACAUCAUUUUGUUAUGGAUAUUAUGUUGUUGACUAGAGUAUACCAUGAGAGAUUCUUAUGCCUACGAAUGAUAGUGGCAGAAAUACCAUA